AUGUCUGGUGCAUUUUCAAAGGUUGAACUUGAGCGGUCCAGGCAUGUCAGAGAUGUGAAUCAGAAACUGUAUUCUUCGAAAUGGCCGCCAAAUAUCCAUUUUGAAAUCCAUCCAACAAAUAAAAUGACAUCAAGGUCUUAUCGAGUUCAAUACAGGGGUCACUGUGACUUUCAUGUCAUUGGGGAAGACAGGGAUCACUGUGACUUUCAUGUCAUUGGGGAAGACACGAGUCACUGUGACUUUCAUGUCACUGGGGAAGACACGGGUCACUGUGACUUUCAUGUCACUGGGGAAGACACGGGUCACUGUGACUUUCAUGUCACUGGGGAAGACACGGGUCACUGCGACUUUCAUGUCACUGGGGAAGACACGGGUCACUGUGACUUUCAUGUCACUGAGGAAGACACGGGUCACUGCGACUUUCAUGUCACUGAGGAAGACACGGGUCACUGUGACUUUCAUGUCACUGGGGAAGACACGGGUCACUGCGACUUUCAUGUCACUGGGGAAGACACGGGUCACUGUGACUUUCAUGUCACUGGGGAAGACACGGGUCACUGCGACUUUCAUGUCACUGGGGAAGACACGGGUCACUGUGACUUUCAUGUCACUGAGGAAGACAGGGAUCACUGUGACUUUCAUGUCACUGGGGAUGACAGGGGUCACUGUGACUUUCAUGUCACUGGGGAAGACACGGGUCACUGCGACUUUCAUGUCACUGGGGAAGACAGGGGUCACUGUGACUUUCAUGUUACUGGGGAAGACACGGAUCACUGUGACUUUCAUGUCACUGGGGAAGACAGGGAUCACUGUGACUUUCAUGUCACUGGGGAAGACAGGGGUCACUGUGACUUUCAUGUUACUGGGGAAGACACGGAUCACUGUGACUUUCAUGUCACUGGGGAAGACAUGGGUCACUGUGACUUUCAUGUCACUGGGGAUGACAGGGGUCACUGUGACUUUCAUGUUACUGGGGAAGACAGGGGUCACUGUGACUUUCAUGUCACUGGGAAAGACACGGGUCACUGUGACUUUCAUGUCACUGGGAAAGACACGGAUCACUGUGACUUUCAUGUCACUGGGGAAGACAGGGAUCACUGUGACUUUCAUGUCACUGGGGAAGACACGGGUCACUGCGACUUUCAUGUCACUGAGGAAGACAGGGGUCACUGUGACUUUCAUGUCACUGGGGAAAACAGGGGUCACUCUGACUUUCAUGUCACUGGGGAAGACAGGGAUCACUGUGACUUUCAUGUCAUUGGGGAAGACAGGGAUCACUGUGACUUUCAUGUUACUGGGGAAGACAGGGGUCACUGUGACUUUCAUGUCACUGGGGAAGACACGGGUCACUGUGACUUUCAUGUCACUGGGGAAGACACGGAUCACUGUGACUUUCAUGUCACUGGGGAAGACAGGGAUCACUGUGACUUUCAUGUCACUGGGGAAGACACGGGUCACUGUGACUUUCAUGUUACUGGGGAAGACACGGGUCACUGUGACUUUCAUGUCACUGGGGAAGACAGGGAUCACUGUGACUUUCAUGUCAUUGGGGAAGACAGGGAUCACUGUGACUUUCAUGUCAUUGGGGAAGACAGGGAUCACUGUGACUUUCAUGUCACUGGGGAAGACAGGGAUCACUGUGACUUUCAUGUUACUGGGGAAGACAGGGGUCACUGUGACUUUCAUGUCACUGGGGAUGACAUGGGUCACUGUGACUUUCAUAUCACAGCGAAGACUGGGGUCACUGUGACUUUCAUGUCACUGGGGAAGACACGAGUCACUGUGACUUUCAUGUCACUGGGGAAGACAGGGGUCACUGUGACUUUCAUGUCACUGAGGAAGACACGGGUCACUGUGACUUUCAUGUUACUGGGGAAGACAGGGGUCACUGUGACUUUCAUGUUACUGGGGAAGACAGGGGUCACUGUGACUUUCAUGUUACGGGGGAUGACAUGGGUCACUGUGACUUUCAUGUCACUGGGGAAGACACGGGUCACUGUGACUUUCAUGUCACUUGGGAAAAAGCAUUAUUGA